AUGGUUCAGGCUCAAGAAUGGUUAGAUGAGAAUUAUCCUAAAGAAAAACGUAGUGAAAUCACUAUAUUAGGCAUUAGAAAUAAAAACCUAGAGGAUUUAAAGUUUCCUGCUCGGUCUGAACAAUUGGCUAGUCUACACUUUAUGGGCAAUAAUUUCCCCGAGCAAGACUUGUCCAUGUUUAGUAAAUUUACUAAUUUAGAGUUUUUGGAGAUAGGAAGUUGCCAUAAUCGAAUUUCAGAAGGAGUUCCUAAUCGCUUCUAUGGUUCUCUAGAACCUUUGAAAGAUUUAAAGAAACUAAACUGGCUGAUUAUUGAAGAUACUGAUAUUGACAGUGGUUUAGAAUAUUUACCGAAGAGCGUGGAAAAAUUUAAUUGCUCGGUAAACAGAAAAAAAGAUGCCAAAUGUCAAGUUCUUUAUAACCUCUUUGCUAACGAGCAAGGAAUAGUAGAAACAGAUGAUAAACGUAGAAGCAUAAAAAACUUUCCCCAAAAACUUCGAGCCUAUAAGCAAAAAUCCCAAAUAAAAGCUCAAGUAGGGGAAAUUAUAACUGCCACUCAAGAAGUCACGCUUGAAGAACUAACUCAACAAUUAAGAAAAGACGAAGAAUUAAAUAAUCGCAAAGGCAAUAUUUUAUCAACUAUUAAUAAUCUAAAAAGCAUCAAAGAGAAAGAUAAGCAAAUCCAACUUCUCCAAAAGCAACAAUCUUCCUUACAAACAAAAGAACAAAAACAAAUCUCCACUGAGCAAUCAAAUCAACAAAAACCCGCCCUAAACCAUCUUCUAGGCAAAGGUGGCUUUGGUGAAGAUCGUAAAAACAUCCAAAAAGAAAUAGAUAUUCUUAAAAAUUUAAGAAAUGAAUACGUAAUUCAAUAUUACGAUACUCAUUCUGAUGAACACGAAGUUCUUAUUAUUAUGGAAUAUGCCAAAAAUGGCACUUUAACUAAGUUUAUUAACGAUAAUGAAGAUAAAGAACAUGAUUGGAGCUUCAAUACUAAUCUCAUUAAACAAAUAGCAUUAGGAUUAGCUUAUAUUCAUCAUGAAAAUAUUAUUCACCGAGAUUUGAAAAGCAUGAAUAUUUUGUUGGCCAAUGGUCAUCAAGCGAAAAUAUCCGAUUUUGGCUUAUCAAGAGCUAAGGUUAUUAGACAAAAAUAUUCUGAACAAUCCGAUAUCUACGCUUUAGCCUUAGAGGACAUACUUAAAACAAUUGAAAAUAAUGAAGAAAGUUCACAAACUGAAAACAUUUCUGAAAUUGGAACACAAAGGAGUGAAGAAACUAUUGCUACUGAAUAUUCUAAUUCUUUAGUAAUGAAUUUAAAUCAACUUAACCUUGGAGAAAAUCAGCAAAUUGAACAACAAGCCCUCCAAAUUCAACCUGCUUACGGCAAACCUAGGUCUUGGCUAGGGUCUCCUUCGGGUUCUGGCACUUCUGGUUCGGGUAUAUCAGACUCCGGAAUAUCUGGCUCCUGUCCGGGAUCAAUGUCCGGUGGCAAGUCGGGUUCUAAUGGUGGUAUCUCGGGUUCUCCUCCGCUACCGGCCGGGGGAGUUCAGUCCAGUUGGUUAAAGUCAUCGCUGCCGGGAACUUUUUGCCAUUCUAUUCGCGUAGUUCCUCCUUUGACAUCACCCGGACCACCUAAAUCCAAACCGGAGGAAGAAUGA